AUGAGAGAUUAUAUUCCAAAAUUCUUGAACGCCUUUCUCUUGGCAUUUGCCACUUUUGCUGUUGUCUUUGCCAUUUUCAUUGCAAAGGAUCCAAAUACAUCUCAUCAUCUGUAUUUCUCAACAUCGUCGUCUUCAUUAUGGACCUCCUCAUUCUCUUCCGCAUUCAUCACUGAAAAAAGGAAGAGAAAUGGAAUAAAUUCAAGUUCUUCAUCCUGGAAAAGAGACAGGAAAGUAGAAGCUGAAUUAGCAACAGCGAGGGCUUUGAUCAGAGAAGCUCAACUAAACCCUAACGCUACAACAUCAUCUCCCCUACGAGAUGAAGACUAUGUUCCUCAUGGCGACAUUUACCGAAACCCUUAUGCAUUUCAUCGAAGCUAUCUUCUUAUGGAGAAGAUGUUUAAGAUAUACGUCUAUGAAGAAGGAGAGCCACCAAUUUUUCACUAUGGUCUUUGUAAAGACAUAUACUCCAUGGAAGGAUUGUUCCUAAACUUUAUGGAAAACGAUGUCCUUAAGUAUCGAACCCGAGAUCCCGACAAGGCUCAUGUCUACUUCUUACCUUUUAGUGUUGUCAUGAUUCUUCACCAUCUUUUCGACCCAAUUGUUCGAGACAAGGCUGUAUUGGAACGUGUCAUCGUCGACUAUGUUCAGAUUAUUUCCAAGAAAUAUCCGUAUUGGAACACAAGUGAUGGUUUUGAUCACUUCAUGUUGUCUUGCCAUGACUGGGGACAUAGGGCAACAUGGUACGUAAAGAAGCUAUUUUUCAAUUCCAUAAGAGUAUUAUGUAACGCCAAUAUAUCAGAAUAUUUCAAUCCGGAGAAAGACGCUCCAUUUCCUGAAAUCAAUUUACAAACCGGAGAAAUCAACAACUUAACCGGCGGUUUAGACUCAAUUUCUCGAACAACGCUGGCUUUCUUUGCUGGCCAAUCACAUGGAAAAAUUCGUCCGGUUCUUCUAAACCACUGGAAAGAAAAGGAUAAAGACAUUCUGGUUUAUGAGGAUCUACCGGGCGAAUUAGAUUACAAAGAGAUGAUGAGGAAAAGCCGGUUUUGUAUUUGCCCGAGCGGUCACGAGGUGGCUAGCCCGAGAGUGCCGGAGGCGAUAUACAGUGGGUGUGUACCGGUUCUUAUCUCGGAGAACUAUGUUUUACCGUUUAGUGAUGUUUUGAAUUGGCAGAAAUUUUCGGUUUCAGUAUCGGUUAAGGAAAUACCGGAACUAAAAAGGAUAUUGAUGGAUAUAACGGAAGAUCGGUACAAGAAACUAUACGAGGGAGUGAAGCAAGUGCAGAGGCAUAUAUUGGUUAAUGAUCCUCCAAAGAGAUAUGAUCAAAAGAUCUUGAUAAGAGUUACUAUGACUGAUGACAAAACCCGAGCAAAAGCAAUGAAAACCGCGGUUAAAUUUAAAGGUGUGUCAGCUGUGGAAAUAAAGGGAGACCACAGGAACCAAAUUGAGGUGACAGGUGAUGAAGUCGAUAUGAUCGGUCUAACCAACACACUGAGGAGAAAGGUAGCCUGUUCGGAGCUUGUAAGCGUAAACAAAGUUGAACCACCCAAGCCCGCUGAAGACCCGAAGCCAGAUGACAAGAAACCAGAUGACAAGAAAGCCGAAGACAAGAAACCAGAGGAUGAAAAGCCCGAGGGUCAAAAAACAGAAGAGAAAAAGCCUGAAGACGAAAAACAAGAGCCAUGUCAUUGUCAACCACAAUGUCAUCAACCAUGUCAUCCACCAUGGUCUUAUGGAUACGGUGUGCCAUCAUCAUCCUACCAUCACCCAUGUGAUCCCUACGGCUAUAAUGCUAGGGAUUAUAUAGGGGAACCCGUCUAUAACCACGAACCUAAUUGCAGAAUCCUCUGA